AAAGACAUCAAGAGAGGGGAGCUUGUGUUUGAGGAUGAGGGAAGUAGUUUCGCUAUUGUCACACGGCCUUUUGUUGAGAGGCACUGGGGGGAAGAGGAAAAACAAACUUUUACUGAAUACGCGUGGCCGCUAGAUGGCGACGGCCAUGUGUACGCCAUUUGGGAGAGCGACCCUAGCAAAUGGCGUCCCAUUAAUCAUUCCUGCAAUCCAAACUGUAUCUUUGGCGAGGACCAUUCACUGAACGUUAUUGCCUCCCGCGACAUCAAGAAGGAUGAGGAGCUUACAAUGGACUACUCGACUUUUUGCGACUACACGAUGAAGCCUUUUCCCUGUAGUUGUGCCUCGGAGUGUUGUCGUGGAAUGAUAGUUCCGGAUGAAGCGGCACUGUACAAGUACGGCACAAAUGUGUGGCACCGACGACCUCCUAUUCCCCCGUCGAAAACCGUUUGA